CAGACGAGGCCCCCUGCUCGCCCAGCUUGGAGGCAGGAUUGGCACCCGCAUGGCGACCCAGCCUCCUUUGUACAGGGACCCCAGGACAAAGGAGAGGAGAACGGUGGGGGGGAUUGUGUGGCUCUCACCCCGCCAGCAGGCCUGCCGGCCAGGGCCUACAGCCUUGGUGGCUUUUCUCUCGGGGUACCCCCUGGGGGGAGGGGGAGCAAAGCUAAACACAUGGGUCAGUGACUCUAGGUCAGGCUCUGUCAGGUGGUUUAGCAUCUAGGCGGGAGGAAGCAGGGGAACACGACAUGGCAGCCAAAGAACAGGACAGAAUGUGAGUGAUGGCCAUCGGCCGCGGUGCCUGAGAAAAAGCAGACAUGAUACAAAGCGCUCUGUGCACGGGGUCGGACACAGUUGGGUGAGAUCUGCCAUCUUCGUGCUCUGUGACCUCAGGCAGGUGAGUCCUGUGAGCUUCGGGUUCCUUCGGGUGUAAAGUCAGAGUGGAAAGAGUUGGGGUGCUGCAUGGUAGGUGUCCAGCAUGUGGCAAGUCAGUCACUGUCGAGGUGCCAACAAGCGGAGGAGUCCCUUCGGGCCAGGCUGAUCGAGAAGUGGCCGCCUUGGGAAUGUGAGGGAAGAUGUGGGCAGGGUCCUGGCUGGGGAGAACCUGGGCAGAGAGGCAGGGCUAAAGUGAACCCACCUCUGUUCUGUGGCAGGAGCUUGGCUGAAGGUGGGGUCCAGAGACGGAAGGAGAGCACACACCAAACCAGGGCCCAGAGUGCUGGGCCGUGGCCGGACCUGGGAACCUGGGGCCUGUGGUCACUAGCUCACAGUGCGAAUCUCCUGAGAGGAGACAGGGAGAAAGAAGGGGGCAGAAGCAGCUCCGGGAACUUAGGAAAGAGCAUCUAUGGUGAACGCUUCCCCGAUGAGAACUUCAAGCUGAAACACUACGGGCCUGGCUGGGUGAGCAUGGCCAAUGCAGGCAAAGACACCAACGGCUCCCAGUUCUUUAUCACGACCGUUAAGACAGCCUGGCUGGAUGGCAAGCACGUGGUGUUUGGCAAAGUUCUGGAAGGCAUGGAGGUAGUACGGAAGGUGGAGAGCACCAAGACGGACAGUCGGGACAAGCCCCUGAAGGAUGUGACGAUCGCAGACUGUGGCAAGAUCGAGGUGGAGAAGCCCUUUGCCAUCGCCAAGGAGUAGGGCCCCAGGGACCUCUUUGCGCCACCAUCUGUGCGGCCCUGGUGCCUUCCCGCGGGUGAAGACCGCCCGCCGCAGGGCUCUGUGCUCCACUGGCCCCAGUGCUGGCGUCUGACGGAGCGGACCCCCCCCCCCCCCACAUUCCCCAGGCCUACCUACCAGCCUGGUUUUGUAACAAAGUCCUACCAAUGCUGACCUAUUAAAAAAGAAAAUGGGUUUUUUAUAA